CGUGUAAGAGAUGCUCUUUGUCCAGGUCCAUUGUACACCGCGGAGGAAACCCUGUGCGGCCGGCCGCCAUCUUGGAUAAGGCAGGUCCUACUUGAAGCCAGGAUAACCCGUCAAAAACCUCCUCAGAAAAGCUCAACAUUAGCGUCUUAAGCUUCAUUACUGAGCCACAAUGGCCACCGCACCAUACAACUAUUCCUACAUUUUUAAAUACAUCAUUAUUGGGGACAUGGGUGUAGGGAAGUCAUGUUUGCUGCACCAAUUCACAGAAAAGAAAUUCAUGGCAGACUGCCCCCACACGAUCGGCGUAGAGUUCGGCACGAGGAUAAUCGAGGUGAGCGGCCAGAAGAUCAAGCUUCAGAUCUGGGACACGGCCGGACAAGAGCGCUUCCGGGCCGUGACCCGCUCGUACUACCGUGGAGCGGCGGGGGCGCUGAUGGUGUACGACAUCACUAGGAGAAGCACAUACAACCACCUCAGCAGCUGGUUGACCGACGCCAGAAACCUCACCAAUCCCAAUACUGUCAUCAUUCUCAUAGGAAACAAAGCCGACCUGGAAGCCCAGCGAGACGUCACGUACGAGGAAGCCAAACAGUUUGCAGAGGAGAAUGGUCUGCUUUUCCUGGAGGCCAGUGCAAAAACAGGCGAGAAUGUGGAGGACGCCUUCCUGGAGGCGGCCAAGAAGAUCUACCAGAACAUCCAGGACGGCAGCCUGGACUUGAACGCCGCCGAGUCGGGCGUCCAACACAAGCCGUCGGCCCCUCAAGGCGGGCGGUUAACCAGCGAACCGCAGCCUCAGAGGGAAGGCUGUGGCUGCUAAUGACCAAGCAAGGACAUCCCCUCUCUGGCCCUUUUUUUGUCUGACCUCGCUCAUCAUCAUCAUCAUCAUCAUGAGGAGAGAUGGAUGACAUUUCUCCUUCCUCUUAAUACUUCCCCUUUUUUGUUUGCUCCCCUUGCACCCGCCAUCUCCCUUUUGUCCAUUAGACCGCACAUUAAUUACAUUUGUUUUUAAACUUUUAUAGCGUCGAAAAGACUACUUCUUACGUUCCUGUAAGAAUAAAACAGCAGAAGCAGGAAUUGUCCCUUGUGGAAGGAAUACUGUAAAGACUUAAAUUAAAAAUGACAUCUUUAUAUAUAUAUUUUAGUUUUUAAACAUUAUUCAGUCAUAUCACAAGCACCGUUGUUUGUUGCCUUAUAAUUAUAAUUAUUACGCUCCUCGCACCCAAUUUGGACUUUUUGAGCCGUCUUAUAUUCGGGUCAGUUCCUCCAAAAGCAGCAUGAGCUCGACUCCUCACAUGUUGAAACGUAAAACGGCCGUCUUGUAUCAUGAUCGUGCACUAAGCCGCAUGCCCCGCCCCCUUUUUAAACAUUUCCCCCUGGUUUGGACAGCUGUAAAUAUAAAUAUCGCUCAUUGUUAUUCGCUGGCCGUGUACAGUUGAUGUGCUCGUAGUGGGUUGCCUGUAAUUCACUGCAUUCUGUAACAUAGUUUCUAUUAAUAGAUUUAUGCAAAGGACACAUCCCUCAGUAAUCCCACCUUCCAUAUCCACACACUACUGAACUGAUUUCCAACAUGUGCAAAACUUGUAUUUAUGUUUGUUUUCCCCUCCCACCUGUACAUGGGGAGGAUUCCUGCAUCGCUGUCUUAACUCUUUGCUGGUGGACAAGCUGAUAGGGGUCUUCCUCCCCACCCCACCCACCCUUUUGCUGUCUUGAGUGACCACUCCCCGUUUUUUUUGUGUCUGUCCAGAAAGAAAAACCACGUACAUAUGUAUAAAGGGGGGAAGAAACGGGAGCUGUGCUAACAUUUAAAUGCAUUUUUUUUUUUUUUUGCGUGUAUAUGAUUUUAAAAUGUUUGAUUUUAAAAAUGACAACAAAAAAAGUCGUCUAGACAGAAAGAAAAGAAGAAAUAAAUUAUACAUAACCUGU